AACCCAAGGAUUGAUAAAUUUGUUUUUGUGAAGAAGUAGGUGAACAAAAUGGCAGGUAUGAAACCUGACGAAAACCCCAACAUAUUCCAUUAUGCAUACAGCUGUGAUAUAUCAUCCAACCUUAGUAUAAAGAUCGGUUCCCUAGAGGGUAAUCUUCCUAAACCAGACUUUGAUCAGAUUAUCCUGAAUCCUAUUCUCCGGUUUGCCGGAAGGAACUAUGAGAGUCGGACCCAUUACCCCUCCCUCAUGGUGGAAGCAGUGGUUAUGCUAGAGAACGAAGAGCUUCAUAUUCCCGUCCGAACCUCGUACAAACAUUUUGUCAACCGUUGGUCCUGGAAUCAGUGGGUUUAUCUACCUAUCAAGUUCUGUGAUCUACCCAGAGAUUCAGUUUUAUGUUUCAAUAUCUUUGAUUGUAACGGACCUAACGAUACAUUUUGCAUAGGAUUGUUCCGUCAAGGAUUGCUAGAUAUCCAGGUCUGGUCAAAUCAGAGAGCUGACGGACGGAUUGAUGGAAAUACUCCAGGCAAACUCAGAGAUAAGGAGAAGGAACAGUUUCAUCGAUUAGCAAAACUAAGUAAGAAAUACCACAGCGGGAAACUACCGGCUAUAGACUGGUUGGAUAGGCUCACAUUUUCACAGAUUGAGAGAAUAAAUCAAAAGGAUAAAGCGGAUUCAGCCAAGAUGUUUCUUAACAUUGAGUUCCCCCAGAUCAUCGACAUGGAUAUGCCGACCUCCGUCGUCUACUUCGAGGAGAACGCGGACGUGGUGGUCGAACCUCCGGAAAUCACUGAUAUGGUGACAUUUCCAGAUCCCGAGAUAGGUUUAGAGAAUCUAGUGGAGAAGAAACAUUACAAGCUCGCUAGAUCCCACCGAACCGGACUCACGGAGAGAGAGUUAAAGCCCAACCCUGAAACCAGGAACAGACUGACCGCUAUUCUCAGCUCUCCUACCACUCAGGCGCUGACCAGUGAAGAGCAGGAUCUGCUUUGGAGGUUCAGGUACUAUCUGGCGACUAACAACAAGGCCCUCAGCAAGUUUGUCAAGUGCGUGAACUGGGAGGCGGAGUUGGAGGCGAACCAGGCGAUGGAGCUGAUUAGUAAAUGGGCUCCAAUGGACGUGGAGGAUUCGUUGGAGCUUCUUGGACCCAACUUUACGUAUCAACCUCUUAGAAAAUAUGCGGUUCUGCGUCUUUCACAGGCGUCAGAUUUAGAUCUUCAGCUUUACCUUCUGCAGUUGGUUCAAGCUCUCAAAUAUGAGAAAAGUUUCACCUCAGAUGUUUUCUGCGACGACACGUUAACCUCUCAAACUGGGCUUUCAGAGGAGGGGAUGAGUGAGAGUGCACAGUCCCUUCCUCCGACCAACAUCUCCAUAGAGGAGGAGACAGCAGGGAGUCUGUUCUUGGAGAACCAGGAGAAUCUGAACCUUGCAUCCUUCCUGAUCUGGAGAGCUUGUAACAACUCGAGCCUAGCGAAUUACCUCUACUGGUAUCUGCUGAUUGAGUGCGAGGAGCUGGAGGGAGGGAUGAAGAAGGACGAGCUGGUCCAGUUCAUGUACAAAACUGUUCUCAACAAGUUCCUUUCCUCCCUGGAGAAGGGUUCCUCCGUCCUACGGGAACGGAAACUGUUCCUGGAUCGUCAGCAUCAGUUCCUGGACAGAAUUGUCGGGCUAGUCAAGAACGUUGCCAAGGAAUCCGGGAACAGGAAGAAGAAAAUUGAGAAGUUGCAAUCUCUGCUGGUUGAGUCGGAUUCGGAAGACUUCUCCUUCCUUCACUUUGAUGCGAUUCCGUUUCCGUUGGAUCCCGAAAUACGGAUUACCGGGAUUGUUCCGGAAAAGACGACUUUGUUUAAAUCCUCUUUGAUGCCGGCGAAGCUAACGUUCACCACUGAUACCGGAGAGGAAUACGUUGCCAUCUUUAAACUUGGAGACGAUCUUAGACAAGAUCAGCUGAUUUUACAGAUUAUAACUUUAAUGGAUCAACUGUUACGAAGAGAGAACCUAGAUCUCAGAUUAACUCCGUACCGUGUACUCGCUACCUCCUCUAAGCACGGGAUGGUUGAGUUUGUGGACGCAUACGCUAUAGCGGAGAUUCUCAGCUCCGAAGGGAGUAUUCUCAGUUUCUUCCGAAAACACAACCCGUUGGAGUCAGGUCCUCACGGAGUGUCUGCAGAGUGUAUGGAUACCUACGUCAAGAGCUGUGCUGGAUACUGCGUGAUCACAUACCUUCUGGGAGUAGGAGAUAGACAUCUAGAUAACCUCAUGCUCACGAGGUCCGGUAAAUUGGUGCACAUAGAUUUUGGAUAUAUUCUGGGACGGGAUCCUAAACCUCUUCCUCCACCUAUGAAACUAAGCAAGGAGAUGAUCGAAGGGUUCGGUGGAGUUAAUAGUGAGCAUUAUCAGCAAUUCAGAAGGGAGUGUUACACGGCGUUUUUGUAUCUACGACGGCAGUCUAAUCUAAUCCUGAAUCUGUUUGGUCUGAUGGUGGAUGCUAGUGUACCAGAUAUUGCUCUAGAACCAGAUAAAACUGUGAAGAAGGUUCAGGAUAAAUUUCGGUUGGACUUGAACGAGGAGGAGGCGGUACAGUACAUGCAGAAUCUGAUAGACGUGUCGGCAACCGCAAUAAUGGCCGCCAUGGUGGAACGGUUACAUCAGCUGGCGCAGUAUUGGAGAAAGUAAUCUGUACAGUACAGUGUUGUAAUAUACAGUACUGCAACGUACAUAGAUCAUUUAGGAUGAUUACGUAUAUAUGUACAAAGCUAAGCAUAAUAUUGAAUAUUGUUUGAGCUUGACAAGUUUGACACUAAAUAUAACGAUAAAGUGAUGAUGUUAAAAUGUGCAAUUUUUCACCCUUGUAAACUACACACUGUGCAAGUGUGCUGUUAACACUGUAUAGUGUAUAUAGUAAAAGAAUUAAUUUAUCUAUACAACCAUGUAAUUUAAUUUUAACAUUGAUAUUUAUUAGUUAUUAAAAUGAUGUCUCAAAUGUCAUCCAUUCUAUCUCUGCCUAUUUUUUUUACGGGGUUCAUAUGGGAAUAUUUUGCGUGUACCACAUUUAGGUUAAUUUGGUUCUCUUUCUCCCUCUCGAGAUUCUGUGAUAUCGUCAAGUAAAUUUAUUAUUAUUUAUAUUUAUAAUUUUUCAGAAA